UGCUCUCAUUUUGGCGGGCGGGACCGGAAAAGUAGGACCCGCCCUUCCAUGAAUUUUUAGGGUUCCUCCUAAGCUGAACUACGUUUUAGAGGAAGAGAGAGAGAGAGCGCAGAGCAUAUGGAGGACGAAGGAGGAGAAUUAUCUAGGAUGAAAGAGCGAAAUGGCGGUACUGAUGACAACACUGUGUUACCUGAUCAAGAAAAAGGAAACAACUUGCUUUGCUUGUUGACUGAUCCCGAGGGAACUCCAUUAGGGCUUCCCUUGUAUCUUCCACAGGACGCUGGACCAGCUCAGCUACAGGAUCUCGUCAAUACACUCCUUCACAAUGAGGAGAAAUUUCCUUAUGCCUUUUAUGUGUCAGAUCAACAACUUUCCAUGCAACUUGGGUCUUAUUUACAGAAAAACAAAGUUUCUGUGGAGAAAGCGCUGCACAUAGUUUACCAACCUCAAGCAAUUUUUCGGAUUCGUCCAGUCAAUCGAUGUUCUGCAACUAUUGCUGGUCAUACUGAGGCUGUCCUUUCUGUGGCAUUUAGCCCUGAUGGACGGCAACUGGCUAGUGGUUCUGGUGACACUACUGUUCGCUUCUGGGAUCUUAAUACUCAGACCCCUCUAUACACGUGUUCAGGGCACAAAAAUUGGGUUCUCUGCAUUGCAUGGUCACCUGAUGGAAAGCAUCUUAUAAGUGGUAGCAAGGAUGGAGAGCUUCGAAGCUGGGACCCCUUGACUGGAAACCCUUCAGGCAAUCCACUUAAAGGACAUAAGAAAUGGAUUACUGGGAUUUUUUGGGAGCCCGUACAUCUUCAAGCUCCAUGUCGCCGUUUUGUGAGUUCGAGUAAAGAUGGAGAUGCACGUAUAUGGGACAUUGUAUCGAGGAAGUGUGUCAUGUGUCUCAGUGGCCACACACUUGCAGUAACCUGUGUGAAGUGGGGCGGAGAUGGAUUGAUAUAUACUGGGUCCCAGGAUUGUAUAAUCAAAGUAUGGGAAACUACCCAAGGAAAACUGAUUCGUGAGCUCAAGGGGCAUGGGCACUGGGUUAAUUCUCUUGCAUUGAGCACCGAAUAUGUCCUUCGAACAGGCCCAUUUGAUCAUACUGGGAAAAAGUAUGGUUCUCCCGAGCAAAUGAAAGAGGCUGCUCUAGAAAGGUACACUAAAAUGAAAGGGAGUUUUCCUGAAAGAUUGAUUUCGGGCUCAGAUGAUUUUACCAUGUUUCUAUGGGAACCAACUGUAAGCAAGCACCCUAAAGCUCGUUUGACUGGUCACCAACAGCUUGUUAACCAUGUUUACUUCUCUCCUGAUGGACAAUGGGUGGCCAGUGCCUCAUUUGACAAGUCUGUCAAGUUGUGGAAUGGUCACACAGGGAAGUAUGUGGCAUCUUUCCGUGGACAUGUGGGGCCUGUUUACCAGAUAUGCUGGUCUGCAGAUAGUAGGCUUUUGUUGAGUGGAAGCAAGGAUUCCACCCUCAAGGUUUGGGACAUGAAGACACAAAAGUUAAGAGAGGAUCUCCCAGGCCAUGCAGAUGAGGUUUUUGCUGUUGAUUGGAGUCCAGAUGGUGAGAAGGUGGUAUCUGGUGGCAAGGAUAGAGUACUUAAGCUAUGGAUGAAUUGAGCAAGGAAGGUAGUCCUUUUGGGGGGGGAGAGAGAGAUUUUGGGGAUUGAGCGUUUGGAAUUGGUCAGGAGUCAAAAUGCAUAGGCCAAAGGAAUUCGUGCAAUCCUUAUCGGAUAAAAUUGUAGAGAUGAAGCAGCGUUGAAGAGGAGAGAACUCUUAUCAACAAGUGAAGGUUAGAAGGCUUAGAGAAAAGGUGAAUAGUGGUCUCUUUUGACAUAUAUAGGGAGUGGAAAGUUUUGGCUGCAUAAAUAUGCUCGACAGGGUCAUGCACAGAGAAGUAGGGAUUUUGCACUUACCCAACUUAAAUAAAAAGUUAAAUGUAAUUUAUACAUUUGCGGUCCUCCUUUUUAUGAGAUUUUUUCCGUGGAAUUUUUGUUUUACUCUUAGAAAUUUUUAUGUCAUCAUCUGAGCUUUAUCCCAACAUGUAUGAAUUUUUAUAGGAUUAGGAAAUUUUCACUGAAUGUAAUGUAUUUUCCUCUACGGUGAGCAAUGUAUAUUAUUCUCCCUGUGCAUUAUUAA